AAAUAACAAUAAUUAAUUCUCUAAAUAACAACUGACCACAGCUAAUCCUGCUCACAAUGGAGGAUCCAAACCCCUGCGAAAGGGCAAAAAAAUGGCUUCAAUCCCUCCAAAAAAUUGAGAACAUGAACAAGAUAGAUCCAAGAGAAGCGCCCAUAUCCCUCGAUUCGUCCAACAUUUACGAAGGCUUCGUUUUCAGAGGCCUCCAAAUCGAUCAACUGCAAGAAGGCCGUGCCCUCUGCACAUUCAAGGUGCCUCCUCGUCUUGUGGAUGGAAAUGGAAUUUGGCCUGCCCGUGUUAUAAUGUCUUUGGUAGACAAUGUCUGCGCAGCCGCCAUUAUGACCUGCGACAAACCCGUGAAGGUCUCUGUGGAUUACAAUCUCUCAUAUUUUUCUACAGCCAAAACCCAUGAUGAAAAUGGAAUUUGGCCUGCCUGCGUCAUAAUGUCUUUGGCAGACAAUGUCUGCGGAGCCGCCAUUUUGACCUGCAACAAACCCUCCAAGGUUUCUGUGGAUUACAAUCUCUCAUAGUUUUCCGCAGCCAAAGUCCAUGAUGAAAUCGAAAUUGAUGCGUGAGUUUUAGGGCACAGGGAGGGCUGUCUACUGUGGUUGUGGAUCUGCGAAACAAAGUAACAGGGUAGCUUGUUGCUCAGGCUCGGCAGACUAUGCAUAAUAUUGGAGGUCUUACCAUUCCUCCUCCAUGCAACAAAAUGUAAGGAGGUUACUCUGCAAAAACCCUCUUCUCAAUAGAUAUAUUGUUAAUUUUUUAAUUUUAUAUAUAUAUAUAGUAGCACAAUUAAGUACGGGGUUGUAGAUCUAUAUACCAUCUUUGGUGAACUAUAAAAAGAACCUUUCUUUCUUUCUUUUUAUGUAUAUUUUUAUUUGAACAAAGUUGAAUUGUAGAGAAAUUGGGAUAUUCAAGAAGAAUACAAUGAAAUGUGUUGGAUUAAGUAAACAAAAUAAUAAGAAAAUUGCUUCCUGUCUUUUA